UUAUACAGUACUGCCCUCCCAAGGACGAAUUUGUCUAUAUAUUUUAUUCAACGUCCAAAGAAACAAGUUUAUCAAAAAGUAGUGUGACAGAUUUGGCGCCAACGUGUUAUAUCUCUUUAUUUUCAUUAUUUUUAAUUAAUUUAUAAAAAUUAUAAUGGCACCGAGAAAAGGAACAAAAAGAGUUGCAAGUGCUAUUGAAAAAGAAGAUAAAAUUACAAAACGAAGCAAGAAACUAGAAUUAAUUUUAUCACCUGAUUUGCGAAUAGUAAAAGAAGGUGGCAUCGUUCUUUGUAUUGGUCAAGGUGAUGUGGGCCAACUUGGAUUAGGACCAGACGUCUUAGAAAAAACUCGACCAGCCGCUGUACCAAAUUAUGAGAAUAUUGUUUCAAUUGCAGCUGGUGGAAUGCAUAAUGUGUGUUUGACAAAAGAUGGAAAAGUAUUAACGUUCGGUUGUAAUGAUGAAGGUGCAUUGGGUAGAGAUACAACUGAGGAAGGCACCGAAACAGUUCCUAAUUAUGUCAAUCUUCCCGAUAAAGUCAUUCAAGUUUCAGCUGGAGAUUCACAUUCUGCUGCUCUCUUGUCUGAUGGUCGUGUUUUUGCUUGGGGCUCCUUUAGGGACUCACAUGGAACGAUGGGCUUGACACUCAAAGGAAAUGAGAAGCUUCCACUUGAAAUGUUACCAGGUGUGAUUGUAGCGAAAAUAGCGUCGGGUGCAGAUCAUCUUAUAUUACUUGAUUGUCAUGGACGUAUUUAUUCAUGUGGAUGUGGUGAGCAAGGACAAUUAGGAAGAAUAUCGCCAAGAAGUGCUGACAGACACUGUAGACAAGGUGUCGAACCUUUAUUAAUGCCAGCAAUGGUAAUGUUUAAGGUAGGACAAAAAUUGGUAUUUGACGAUAUUUGGGCUGGCACAUAUUGUACAUUCGCAAGAAGCUAUCCAAACGGUGAAAUUUAUACAUUUGGAUUAAAUAAUUAUAAACAAACCGGAUUGACUGAUGGUGAUAUGCAUUUCUUCCCACGUCUUUCAAAAACAUUCAGUGGAAGAAAAUGGAUUCACAUUAGUGGAGGACAACAUCAUACAAUUGCUCUCGAUGAUGAGGGAAAAGUUUUCGUCAUGGGACGAAAGGAAUACGGUCGAUUAGGAUUGGGUCCUAAUUGUGAGGAUGCAUCGUCAUUAACACAAGUCCCGGCACUAGAUUCAUUUAAAUGCAUCGACGUUGGAGCGGGAUCAUCUCAAUCGUUCGCCGUAUCAUCCUCGGGAGAAUUAUAUGCCUGGGGAAUGGGUUCGAAUGGACAAUUAGGAACAGGUGAAGAAGACGAUGUAGAAACACCUCAGAAAAUUAAAGGAAAACAACUUGAGGACAAAAUAGUUAUGAGAGUAACCGGUGGUGGUCAACACACUGCAAUUUUAGCAGUGAAAAAACGAUAAAAAAAAAAGAACAAAAAUUUAAAUAGAUAAUUGAAAAUAAUUUACAACUGCGCGAAGUUGUAACAAAGUUCUUUUGACGAAAGAAAAAGGCUGAACAUUUGAAAAAUAAUUAAAUUUGUUUUAACUUGCGCGCUAAUUAAUUGGUAGUGCUAAACAAUUUAGGAAGCACACGGAGACUUAAAUCAUAAGCGUUAAUACAAUUAAUAUGUACAUAACGUUUCACUAAUCAAAAAAAAAAAAAUAUAUUGAUUUUUUUUUUUUGAUAAAUUUUGAGUUUUGUUACAAUAUUACUAGAAUAAAUUGUUUUUGCAUGAACCACCA